ACGAGAAGUGGAGCAGGACGGAGUCCGCAGAGAGGACUCUCCCUGUUAGCAUCCUCUCUGUUUGUAGCUGCGUUAGCUCUGUCAUCAAGGCGGCCGACCAGCCUCCACACAGGAGCAGCGGUGGUCUGUCACGUUUACCACGAUACACACGUGUAGAGCCGCAGGUGAACGAAGUAACAUUUCGGGUGACUGAUAUCGGCGGAGAUGUGUAACAAGCUGCAUUGGACACUAAGGACCUACCUGGCUGCUAGCCUAUCAGCUGACAGCUGUCACCGCACCUAGCUGCUUUAGCUAGCUAGCUAGGUGAGCUCACCGCUAACAAGUGUUUUGGCUGAAUUAGCCGGUCAGCGCUGCUUCAGGUUCAGAGAGGAAAACGGCGACUAUAUACUGUGGUUUUUUUUCAACAAUAUUUGACUCUGCCUGCUGGUCAAAGCAUGACUCAACGCUAGCGUCGGACCGCAGUGUGCGGAGCAUUUGAUGUCCGGCUAGCUAGCUAGUUAGCAUUUAGCUUUGACGCUAGCUGAGCGCUUUCAUUCAUUAUUGAAAACCUGCUGAAGCCUCAGGCCGGCUGCAUCCAGUCAAGUGUUGUCACUGGACGAACACAUCCUGGACUUCAGACGACAUCGGGGAGUGGAAAUGAAGAAGUUUUUUGAUUCCCGUCGGGAGCUGGUGGGCUCGGGGCCUGGCUCCGGAGCCGGCGGAGGAGGCGCUGGUUCCGGCGGCGGCGGCAGCUUCAUCGGUCGGGUCUUCAGCAUCGGACGGUAUCAGGUGACCGUGGAGGAGAUUGUCGCAGAAGGAGGUUUUGCCAUAGUUUUUUUGGUGCGGACUCAUCAAGGCAUACGUUGUGCACUAAAAAGGAUGUAUGUCAACAAUGAACAUGAUUUACAAGUCUGCAAUCUUGAGAUACAGAUAAUGAGGGAUCUAGUGGGCAACAAAAACAUAGUUGGCUUCCUGGACUCCAGCAUAACGGCGGUUGGAGCUGGCGAUGUGUGGGAAGUCCUAAUCUUAAUGGACUUCUGUCGAGGUGGGCAGGUGGUUAACCUAAUGAACCAGCGGUUGCAGACAGGCUUCACUGAAGCUGAGGUGUUACAGAUCUUUUGUGACACGUGCGAGGCAGUCGCUCGUCUCCACCAGUGCAAGACUCCAAUCGUCCAUCGAGAUCUCAAGGUGGAAAAUAUUCUUCUUCACGACCGAGGACACUACGUGCUCUGUGAUUUUGGAAGUGCCACUAACUGCUUCCAAAACCCUCAGACAGAAGGGGUUGCAGUUGUGGAAGAGGAAAUCAAAAAGUACACUACUCUGUCAUACCGCGCUCCAGAGAUGGUCAACGUCUAUGGUGGAAUGGUUAUCACAACAAAAGCAGACAUUUGGGCCAUGGGUUGUCUACUCUAUAAACUGUGCUACUUCACGCUUCCUUUUGGGGAGAGCCAAGUGGCUAUCUGUGAUGGAAGUUUCACAAUCCCAGACAACUCCCGCUACUCCCAGGACAUGCACUGUCUCAUCAGGUACAUGCUUGAACCUGACCCAGAUAAGAGACCAGACAUCUACCAAAUAUCCCACUUUGCCUUUAAACUGGCGCGACGAGAGUGUCCAGUCCCAAAUGUACAUAAUUCGACUAUUCCUGCAAAACUUCCGGAGCCUAUCAGAGCCAGUGAAGCAGUGGCCAAAAAGAGUCAAACCAAAGCCAGGCUCACAGACCCCGUUCCUACCAUGGAAACCUCAAUUGCACCUCGCCAACGACCCAAGGCUGGCCAGGCUCAGCCCCAGCCGAUAUCAGGCAUUCUUCCCAUCCAGCCAGCUCUCACCCCACGCAAGAGACCCAAUGCUGCUACUGGAGCACCACAGGCAAUAGGUGUUGGUAUUAAUGUCCCAGCUCAAGCGGCAGCUGCUGUCCAAGCUGCUCAACAGGCUCCUUCUGCACAGGCUGCACCGCAACUAGCUCAGACAGCCAACAUGCAGCCACAGGCUACACCACAGCAUCAGCAGCUCCUCAUGAAGCAGCAGCAAGUCUCACCCUUCUUAAGCCCACAGAGCAACCAGCAGCAUCAACUGGUACAGAACCUCUUCCAGCAGCAGCAGAAACAACUACAACAAGCGUCUCAAACGUGCACUGUGCUGCAGUCCAAACAUAAACCUCUUCCUCCAGUUAUUGCCAUGCAACUGCAACACCAGCAGCAUGUAGCCCCCGUCUAUGAAACGGCAGCUUCUCAUCUGACCCCCAUCCCAGAGUCAGCAGUCGGCCCUGCAGCUGACCCAGAGACGACUGGUCGAGUGCUUCACAAAGUCGGCUCAUUGACACCCCCCUCGUCGCCAAAGAUGGCCCCUAAAAGCGGUCACAGACGGAUACUGAGCGAUGUCACUCACAGUGCUGUGUUUGGGGUGCCAGUCAGCAAGUCCACCCAGCUUCUCCAGGCAGCCGCAGCUGAGGCGAGCCUCAACAAGUCCAAAUCAGCCAGCACUACUCCUUCUGGCUCCCCCUGCUCGUCCCAGCAGAGUGUGUAUCAUCCGGGUGAUGGUGACGCCCAAUCAGCUCUUGCUGCCACCAACACUCAGCCAAGCUGGAACCCCUUUGGGGAUGAUAACUUCUCCAAACUAACAGCAGAGGAGCUCCUUAACAAAGACUUUGCAAAGUUAGCUGAGGCCGCUGCACAAGGAGAGAAGCUCACGGGUUCCAGUGAAAAUCUCAUUCCAGGGCUCAUUGCUUUUCCAGAGAAGCUGAUUGAGGGACUGAAGUCCCCUGAACCUUCUCUGCUGCUCCCCGACCUCUUAACCCUGGCCAACCCCUUUGGUAGUGCUGCAGAGAGCUCCACUAAUGUGAAGGCAGAGAUGUGUGUGGAUUCACUGAUCCCUGGUUUGGGCCCCCAGGCCCAGCGACUUUCAGGCCAGCCAGAGCUCAUCCCCCCCAGCAUGCCAGACUCUCUCACUGGGGAAGACUCUCUGCUGGGUUGCGAUCUGUUAUCUCAUGCUUGUCCUCAUGGAAACCAGUCUGUUUCUGCUCUCCCUUCAUCCUCCUCCUCCUGCUCCUCUGCUCCUCCUGGCUCCGGCUCUGGAUCCUGUCUGGCGGAUCUGCCGCCUGGUCAGACAUCUUCUGACUCUGCUUUCCUCAUGUCGUGUGGGGAGAAGGGCAAUGAGGACGAGUUUGACCCUAUUCCUGUGCUCAUCUCCAAAAACUCAAAUCAAGAUGUCCAAGGGGAGAGUAAUGGCUACUCUGCGCUUGGAGAGGGACAAGAGACUGAAACUCCAGAGGGAGAUUCUCACGCAAAUGAGAGAUGUGUGCACUCCAGCGACGAAGAUGAAGAUGAAGAUGAGGAGGAGGAGGAGGAGGAAGAAGAAGCCCGCAGAGAAGAGCAGCAGGAUGAGGGAGCCAUUGAGAGUCAUGAAGAAAUGCAUGACUGCAGCGGCUCCAGACCUCUGUUGCUGGACUCUGAGGACGAAGAAGAGCAAGGACCGGACUCGGCCCUCCACCCAUCGCCGAACUCCAACGCAGGACCAACACAACCAUCAAAUACCUUCCACGAACCCACUCCAAGCACCUUCACACAGAAUCACUCCCAACACGUAAACGAGCCCGUCAAAGGGGCAGAUAUCGCUGCAGAUGUUUUCUCAAAAGCCCCCUUUCGGAGUGCGCAAGAAGAAGCAGCCGACGUGUUCGCCAACGCUCCGUUUCCACGCGCCCCCCUCGCAGCGCCGCAGAAGUUUGAUGUUUUCUCUCAGGCUCCCUUCGGAAAAAGAAAGGAGGCUGCAGGAGCUCAGCACUCACAUCCUCAUGCUGCUGGAGUUCACGCUGUAACCCCUGAUCAAGGUGUGCUAGGACAAGUUACCCAACAACCUUUCCGCCCACAAGCUCUGGCCAAAUACUCCCGACACUUUGAGGGACCCGCGCCCCAGCAGCCCGUAGCAGCUCAUCGAGUAGUGUCCGACGUGAGCAAGCAAGCCACUGUGGCAUCAGUCCCCGUAGGACCUCUUCAGUCGUGGACCUCAGAAGUGAGCGCUAUAGACCCCUUCGUCUCUGCACCAUUUCACCUCAAGGCCCCGCAAGAAAAGCCCUGAACGCACACUCGGGGGAGGUCAGGGCAGCGGGUAUCGGCGCUCAUCACUGAAUUAUGCAAACUACAACAGGCGUACUGCAUGCUGUCACCAGCGCUGCAGCUGGACUGCAGGCCUGCAUGGAUCUCAUUCUAGGCUCCAAUUAGUGAUAGUGCAAGGUCAUCUCUACACUUGAAUGCUCUGUUAGAGUAAAAAAAAAAAAAAAAAAAAAACUGACAUCAUUCCCUGACUCCUAGUUACAUUUUAUUUUUUUCCUGGCACAUCUAUUUACCUUUUGCAUUGUCCUUAAUCCUUUUGGUACGUACUUCUACACAAUGACAAUAUGGUGGUCAAGCAUUUGAUUGUUUUCUUGCCUACCUCAGUUACUUUUGGUGUCAUCUCUAAAACACCACACAGUGAGGGAGUUUGUAGAUUGUCUGCAUCUUUGGCAGUUUGAUUUCCUGUAUUUUUGAGCUUUACUGUGAAACUAUGAUCUGAUGACGCCUCAUUCUUCCAUUGUUUUAGUUUGCAGAAAUGUGGGAUUCAGCUUCAAUCACAAGGUCACACCUUCACAGAAGCUUGGAAGAGGAAAAGACGCUGUAAAGAUGUUUCAAUGGAAUUUAUCUGUAAUUACAUCAAACCAGAAUGUUGUAACAAACCUUACAAUCAUGUCCUUCAAAGUCAAUAGAUUUGGACCCUUGGUCUCUAAGCUUGACAGUUUGUUAUGAGGCGAUGCUGAGUACUGAUGCAUUGACAUUUUUAGGGAUAAUGUUUUUUGACAUGACAUGAAUCUUUGUUUCAUUCAAAAAAAAUUGCGUUUUGUCAUGUAUUGUGUUUGUGGUCACUGUCCUGUCUUAUGAAAAUGGAAUAUCAGUGUUUAUUCCAUGUAACAUACGAACUGUGUUUAAAUUUUAGGCAUUGAAAAUACAUUAUAGUAGUUCUUAUGUUAGGUUAAUGUAGAACACUCACUUUUCUUUGAUUCUACUUACUUUACAAGAUGAUAUCUCAGAAGCCUUACACUUUUACAGUACAUCCCUACGACCACAUCAGAAUAAUUCACCUUUGCCUUUUGUGCCCUCAUUAAAACUGCUGCAUUUACUUCCUUUUAUUGCGCACACAUUCAGCACCAAAUACUUGUGUACAAUCAUGUACAACAGCUGACAGUAUGUUAAUGCACCAAGACUCUCAUUCAACUCUAAUGCAUUUCUAUAGUAGGUCUCUAUAAACUCCAAGUCUGAACUAACUGUGACUUACACUUAUUAACAACUUAAGAGAAAACUUUUGACUGCAACUUAAAAAAAAAAAAAAGCUUUUUCUGCAGUCACACAAAUACCAACAGCACUUAUGCAUUGCAGUUCCAGUCAAGGCUUGUAAUAGUAGUAUCUUGUAAGGGAGAUCUUGAAUAGUGACUGAUUGAUGACAUUCCUUUUGAAUUUAAUUCCAUCACCAUUUUGGGAAUAUUUUGUUGUCUUUGUGCUCUGUAAAAUCCUGGAACAUUCAUUGGUUUCCAACAUGGCACUUUUAUGAAAGGGGAUCCAAACUGUUUCAGCCCAAAGUUUAAUUCAUGUAUUCUUCGGUUGCAAUUUAAAAUCCUCUGCUUUCUUUUCAAAAUGUACAAUUUUUUUUUUUUUUUUUUUUUUAUAAAUAAAUGCUCACUUUUCCUCACCCAAUUUGUAUACAUGAAGGUUGCACAUAGUCACUGACACAGAGUCAGGGUUCCCGAAGAAUGGGUUUUGAUUGUAACAGCUGUAUAAUGUAUUUCAACCAGUGUUGUAUAGGAAAUCUUUGGACGAUUCAGCAACUGACGAUACUGUUGGAGAGAAAAAGCACUCAAAAUACUUGUUAUGCUGCACAGCCUGCCUUUGAAAACUAUGUUGUAAGUCAUAAAAAAAACUAUU